ACAGUUUUCUUCUUUUGCCAAAUGGCCAUUGGCUUCUUUAUUAUAAGGGUCACACGCUGAGAAGAGUUACAGUACCUUAGUUUACCCUCUCAGUUUCAGGUGUACCACCCUGUUCGUUUUUGUCAGAUCUCGAUUCUCUAACUCCAAGAAUCCACACCAUUCCUCUAUCUAAGUAUUCAUUCAACUUUGGUCAUUUCUCACACCACCUUAACCCAACCUUUUUACCAUUUUUUAAUACCAACCAGUAAGUACUCGUAACUGUUUCAUGCUUGCUUGGUUUCCAUUUCAUGCAUUGAAAUAGCUACCUUGUGCCAAUUCUCGUGCACGGAACAUACAUAACCCCGCAUUUAAGAGGUUAAACUGAAAAAUCUCAAAAGCAGGGUGAAGGGUACCAGAAAAAAAAGUGCUUCAAAAGCAAGCAUAUUUAAGGCUCUCCCAACUGAGAGAGAGAGAGAGAGAGAGAGAGUUAUGAGUAAAGCAGCAAGAGCUGCACUAUAAGGUGGUGCUGUUGUCUAAUCUUUUUGCUCAUUUCAGAAGGGAAAACGAGAUAAGCACUCUGUUUUGGAAGGAGUUACAAGGAAGCUACCCUUAUUUGCUGGUUGGCACACACACAACACACUCACACGACUCACACCUGAAACUUAAAAGCUCCCUUCUUUCCUCUCCUUCUGAGUUAUAAAUCACAAAGCAACAUUAUUGUCCAAGAUUAAGCAACUUUCUGUCUUUCUGUUUUCCUACAUAAUUUGGUAUAUUCCAAAGAGAAAAUUCUCUUCUGUUCUGUGUUUGAUUGUGUAAAUCUGUUUCCAGAGAUUCAAAAAAAAAAAAAAAAAAAUGUUAGCCCAGAAGCAAGUGGAAGAAGCCAUGAUGCCAAGCCUGAACCAGACUAUUGAACGUGACGAGGGAGAGGAAGAGAAGACAAAUAUUUCACAUUUUAGCUUAAAAAGUGCUCUUUGGCAUGGUGGGUCUGCCUAUGAUGCUUGGUUCAGCUGUGCCUCAAACCAGGUUGCACAGGUUCUGUUGACACUACCUUACUCUUUCUCUCAGCUGGGAAUGCUCUCAGGCAUCAUAUUCCAAGUCUUCUAUGGCCUUCUUGGUAGUUGGACUGCUUAUUUAAUUAGCAUUCUGUACAUUGAGUACAGAAGCCGGAAAGAGAAAGAGAAUGUCAGCUUCAAAAACCAUGUCAUUCAGUGGUUUGAAGUGUUGGAAGGUUUACUGGGUCCAUACUGGAAAGCUGUUGGAUUGGCCUUCAACUGCACUUUUCUCCUCUUUGGAUCUGUCAUCCAGCUUAUAGCUUGUGCAAGUAAUAUAUACUACAUAAAUGAUCACUUGGACAAGAGGACUUGGACCUACAUUUUUGGAGCUUGCUGUGCCACCACAGUGUUCAUACCAUCAUUCCAUAACUACAGGAUUUGGUCUUUCCUUGGCCUUGGCAUGACCACUUACACUGCUUGGUAUUUGACCAUUGCUGCCCUUGUUCAUGGCCAGGUUGAAAAUGUAACGCACUCAGGACCAAACAAGUUGGUUUUGUAUUUCACAGGCGCCACCAACAUACUCUAUACUUUCGGCGGGCACGCCGUCACAGUGGAAAUCAUGCAUGCAAUGUGGAAGCCUCAGAAGUUCAAAUAUAUAUACCUUUAUGCAACUCUUUAUGUGUUCACCCUCACCCUACCAUCUGCUACUGCCGUUUACUGGGCCUUUGGUGACCAACUUCUGGAUCAUUCCAAUGCCUUCUCGCUCCUCCCCCGCUCUGGCUGGCGUGAUGCUGGUGUCAUCCUUAUGCUCAUUCACCAGUUUAUCACCUUUGGGUUUGCUUGUACACCAUUGUAUUUUGUGUGGGAGAAAGUUAUUGGAAUGCAUGACACAAAGAGCAUAUGUUUGAGGGCUCUGGCCAGGUUGCCUGUGGUGAUACCAAUAUGGUUUUUGGCUAUUAUUUUCCCAUUUUUUGGGCCCAUUAACUCAGCUGUAGGGGCCCUUUUGGUCAGUUUCACCGUCUACAUCAUUCCUGCUUCUGCUCAUAUGCUCACAUACAAGUCUGCCUCCGCAAGACAGUACGACCUUGUGGGAAUAUGUCCCUUUUAUAUACAGAAUGCCGCAGAGAAAUUGCCCUUCUUCAUCCCUAACUGGACGGUCAUGUAUGUGGUGAAUGCAUUUAUAGUGGUGUGGGUUCUUGUGGUGGGCUUUGGAUUUGGAGGGUGGGCCAGCAUGACAAACUUCAUCAGACAGGUUGACACAUUCGGACUAUUUGCCAAGUGCUACCAGUGCCCGCCAAAAGUUCUGGCCUCUAACCAUACCUUACAUCACUGAAAAAACUGUUACUUAAAUUUGUAUGAUACAUAUAUAGGGUGUCAUCUGUAUUAUCCCUAUAUUUUCUGGUUUAAUCUCCAUAUAGAUACAUUAUUGUGAA